GCGUGCCUCAGAAUUUUGCUUCAAUGGCUCAGCUAUACUAUUUCAUAACUGUUGUGUCUCUUCUGCUCUUUCUUCAAUCUGAUUCCUAUGCAGAAGCUGGAACCAUUGGAGUCAACUAUGGAAGGCUAGGGGACAACCUCCCACCUUCAACCCAGGUUGUGGCGCUGUUGAAAUCCAGAAACAUAAACCGACUUCGUCUUUUUGAACCGAACCUAGAUGCCCUUGAUGCUCUACAAGGCUCUGGGAUUGAAGUUGUCCUUGGAACACUAAACCAGGACCUCCCACAACUCGCCGCCGACCUCUCCUUUGCCAGAAGCUGGGUCAGUACCAAUGUGAUUCCAUACUCUCAAAAUGUCCGGUUCAGGUACAUAUCAGCAGGAAACGAAGUCAUCCCUGGGAACUUAGCAGCUUAUGUGUUUCCAGCCAUGCAGAAUCUCGAUCAGGCCUUGAGAGAUGCCCAACUCCCAUACAGUAUUCCCGUAAGUACCAGCGUUUCCACUGCAGUUCUUGGAACUUCAUACCCUCCUUCUCAAGGGGAAUUCUCCAUGGACAUAGACCCAAUAAUGAGAUCCAUAACAGGAUUCUUAGCAGCAAAUGGAAGCCCUUUUCUCGUCAAUGUGUACCCCUACUUUUCAUACAUAAAUGACCCGGUAAACGUCCCAUUGGACUACGCCCUAUUCAAUAGUAGCCGGGUGGUUGUGAGGGAUGGGGAGCUUGAAUACAAGAACCUGUUUGACGCUAUCGCUGAUGCCACCUACACAGCCCUGGAGAGGGCCGGAGGGGACUCUGUGAAGGUGGUGGUGACGGAGAGUGGGUGGCCUUCCAAUGAAAAUGGUCAGAUUGCAACCAUUGAAAACGCAAGGAUGUAUAACAACAACCUGGUAGCACACUUAUCAGGAGCAAAAGGGACACCGAAGAAGCCAGGGGAGAGCAUAGAGGCUUAUGUGUUUGCCAUUUUCAAUGAAAAUCUCAAACCCAGGGGCACAGAGCAGAACUUUGGCUUGUACUACCCUAAUAUGACAGAGGUCUAUCAUGUUGAGUUCAUUAAUUAGAUGUGCAUAUUCUUGCUCUGUAUUGCCCUUGGAUUAGUUUGAAGUAUUGGGUCUAUCAUGUUGACUCCAAACCACAAUUAUCAUUGUUAUUUGAUCAUAUUUUACAAUAAAUGUUUCAAUUACAUGAUUUA